AUGGGAAAUUUUUCCUCAAUAGGAUCCCCAAUGAUUUCUUCCUUAAUAGGAAGUUUGUUGUCGCGAUCAAUUUUUUCAAUUUGUUUAUUUUCAUCAAUUUUGGUUUCAUUUUUCGGUGAACAAUUUAUACUCUCCUUUUUUCUCUCGUUUUCAGCUUUUUCUCCUGAAUAGGAGAUUUUUUCUAUUAUCCCUUUUGAUUUUAUCAUUCUGGAUCUUAUUUUAUCUUUAUUGAUUACUUUGGAAGUAAAGCUUAACGGAAAUCGGACCGACUCUUUAAUAAGAGUAUUAUCUGUUUGAUCAAUUCCUAUAAUAUUCGGGUCAUUACAAUCUCUCAAUAGAUAACUAAAAUCAAAGGAUUCUUCGGGUUGGAACUCGUUAAGCGAAUAUUCAACUAUGCGGCUUGGGGUUGCCGGAUUGUAACCUCUUCCCCUAUACUUCAUUUCUCUAUCGCGAUACCUUACUACAAUUCUUUC